AUGGCUAACAAUAACAACAUCCCAAGCUCCGAUCCCUUCCUCCUGGAACAUCUGAUCGAAGAUUCCACCCGCGAGGUGACGAAUCGUCGUCGGCAAGAGGAACCACAACAUGCUCUUGCCGGACAGAGAAGGCCGAGACAUGAGACCUCGCAACCUAGGAGGCAGCGGGUCCAGAACAUCCAGCAGCUGCAGGGCCUCCAACAGGUUCAGAAUGUCGAACAAAACCCUCCUGAGGGACACGUUCAGAACGGGGAAGACGAGCAGGCCCGAACCCACAAUGGGCCUGAACACCCCCAGAAUGAGAAUGAGACCGAUGCCAGAGACGGGCACGCUGCUUCCUCAUUCACCCACACCUCCGACAGGCAGAGAGCCCGUCACGUAGAAGAGGAGGAACCGCUCAACAUCCCCGAGGAUACUGACCCCAUCACUGUCCGCCUGCUCAAAGAACUGCAAAAGACGAACAGCCUCCUCCGACUUCAGGACGACCGUAUCCACGAGCUGGAAAGGAAGCGACGGUACCGCUCCCCUCCGCGGAGACAUUACCGGUCGCGCUCCUAUUCCUCCUCACACUCACCUCCAAGGAGACACCGUCGGCGUUCCCCAUCUUCUUCACGCUCGCCACCUAGAAGACACCGCCGCCGGAGAUCAUAUUCCCGCUCUCCACCAAGAAAGAGCAGGAAGAAUCAGAGACUAGAGGCCACUGAAGCAAGAAGCCUCUCCCCCGAGCAGGGUCAUCGGGGUCCCUCCAAGGCGGUGCUGAAACCCCGCGAGUGUUCCUCUCCUCGGGAUAAUCGCGUCAGCCCCAACAAUGACCAGGGAAGACCCCGGCGAGGCAGACAUUCAACUUCACCAAGACCGAGCGACGAAGAGGACUUCCGCAGCCCUUUGUCCGAGAACAUCCGAAGAGCCCGCCUCCCUCGAGGGAUGGAAAAACUCCCGGCGUUGGACCAAAAUGAUGGAACCACCGACCCCGACGACCAUAUUCGGAGCAUCGAAGCGGUCAUGGACUACCACGUCGUCAAGGGCUCUAUCAAGUGCCGCAUCUUCCCGACCACUCUCAGGAAGGGAGCAAUGACUUGUCAGCGCGGCUCUGAUCCGAGAAAACGAAAACGGGCAAAAGCCCGUAUAUUUCACCAGCAAAGCCCUGCAAGGGCCCGAGGUGCGAUACCAACAGAUCGAGAAAGUCGCCAUGGCCCUAGUGAUAGCGGCCAGAAGGCUGCGGUACUAUUUCCUCGCCCACACCAUCUUCGUCCGAACAGAUCAACCCAUCAAGCAGCUCCUCAGAUGACCAGAUAUGGCCGGCAGAAUGCUGAGGUGGUCCCUCGAGCUAUCGGAGUUCGACAUACAGUACGAAAACAGGAAGGCAUUAAAAGCUCAGGCCUUGGCAGACUUCGUGGCAGAGAUGACCUCGAUGGCCGACUCCCCGGAUCCGACCAGGAACAAAUGGACCAUUUACGUAGAUGGCGCCUCAAGCAAUUCGGGAAGCGGGGCAGGAAUUAUCUUAGAAAACGACGAAGGACUCAUCAUCGAAGUAUCUUUAGUCCUAUCUUUCAACACGUCGAACAACCAGGCCGAAUACGAAGCCCUCCUUGCAGGCCUGAGACUUGCCGAGGAUGUGGGCGCACGUGA